GUGAGGAGCGUUCCAUUCCGCCAGCGGUGGGCGGUUGCCACAGCUGGUUUAGGGCCCCGACCAUUGGGGCCCCUUGUCAGGAGGAGGCACCCUCCCUGUCAGGGAGAAGUCGCUACCACCUUUGGCGGCAGACGCGAUCCCUGGGGACAGUGCACUUUCUGCCCUCAGUUGCCGGCCGAGUUCGAUCUCCCUCAUUCAGGUUGGGCUCCCCUUCCUAGUCUGUGUCCUCCUGUUGGCUCAGUUUAUGAGGAGGAGAUUGUUGGCCAGGACUCUUGAUAAUGUUUGACCCAGUGACAGCAAUAGUACCCGACGUGAUUUCCAAGCCGGGCUCUGUCUCUGCUCUUGUGUAGUCUUCCGGUUUUGGACCAGGACCUCCAAUCAUGUCUGUGAUGGUGGUAAGAAAGAAGGUGACACGGAAGUGGGAGAAACUCCCAGGCAGAAACACCUUCUGCUGUGAUGGCCGCGUCAUGAUGGCCCGGCAAAAGGGCAUCUUCUACUUGACCCUCUUCCUCAUCCUGGGGACAUGCACACUCUUCUUUGCCUUCGAGUGUCGCUACCUGGCUGUUCAGCUGUCUCCUGCCAUCCCUGUGUUUGCUGCCAUGCUCUUUCUUUUCUCUAUGGCCACGCUGUUGAGGACCAGUUUCAGUGACCCUGGAGUGAUUCCUCGAGCACUACCCGAUGAAGCAGCUUUCAUAGAAAUGGAAAUAGAAGCCACCAAUGGUGCGGUGCCACAGGGCCAGCGACCACCUCCUCGUAUUAAGAAUUUCCAGAUAAACAACCAGAUUGUGAAGCUGAAAUACUGUUACACAUGCAAGAUCUUCCGACCUCCCCGGGCCUCCCACUGUAGCAUCUGUGACAACUGUGUGGAGCGCUUCGACCAUCACUGCCCCUGGGUGGGCAAUUGUGUUGGAAAGAGGAACUACCGCUACUUCUACCUCUUCAUUCUUUCUCUCUCCCUCCUUACAAUUUAUGUCUUUGCCUUUAACAUCGUCUACGUGGCCCUCAAAUCCUUGAAAAUUGGCUUCCUGGAGACAUUGAAAGAAACUCCUGGAACUGUUCUGGAAGUCCUCAUUUGCUUCUUCACACUCUGGUCUGUUGUGGGACUGACUGGAUUUCACACUUUCCUGGUGGCUCUCAACCAGACAACCAAUGAAGAUAUCAAAGGAUCAUGGACAGGGAAGAAUCGAGUGCAGAAUCCCUACAGUCAUGGCAACAUUGUGAAGAACUGCUGUGAAGUGCUUUGUGGCCCCUUGCCCCCCAGUGUGCUGGAUCGAAGGGGUAUUUUGCCACUGGAAGAAAAUGGAAGUCGACCUCCAAGUACUCAAGAGACCAGCAGUAGCCUCUUGCCACAGAGUCCAGCCUCAACAGAACAUAUGAACUCUAAUGAGAUGCCGGAGGACAGCAGCACCCCAGAAGAGAUGCCACCUCCAGAGCCCCCAGAGCCACCACAGGAGGCAACUGAAGCUGAGAAGUAGCCUGUCUAUGGAAGAGACUUUUAUUUGUGUUUCAUUAGGGCUAUGGGAGAUUUCAGGGGAAAGAUCAACCUGAGACAGAGAACAAAUAAGCUGUCCUUAUUACUAUUUUCCUUUGGUCUUUAGUCACCGAAUUGCACACUGGCGUUUUCUUGCUGGAAACUUUUUUUAAAAUUUAUGGACUUAUGACAGUGGCAGAAGAUGCCAGUUACCUCUGGCAACUGGACAAAUGGGUCUCUUGGGACAUGGCACUUGUUUUCCAUUGUCUCAGCCACACGGUGUCCUUGGCCUCCCCUUCUCUUCCCUCCAGAUCCUAGCUCUCCUGCUGGGGGUCAUUGGUCUCAUUCUUGGGUAAAGAUUCUCAAGACUGACUCAAGUCCUUUCCAGCUGCUGCAUGUCCUGAGUCCAGAGGCAGUCACAGAGACCUCUGGCCAGGGAAUCCUAACUAGGCUCUUGACUCCUUCAGAACUAAUGAGGAUUGGAGAGUGAGGUUGGAGGAUUUUCCUGGCUACAAAGUGCCAGCAUUGCCAGCCAAUCCUUUUAGGAAUAGGGCAGGUACCUUCCACUUGUAUUUAUUUGUGUAGCUUCUCCUCCUACUCCCUCCCCAUCCACUCUCUAACAUCCAAGUUCCGCUCUCCCCAUUAGGUGAUAUAUGUAAGUAGUCAUCAUAGAGAUAACAAUUGACAUUUCUCAUAGACUCUCCGGAAACUUCAAUGCCUGUGCUAUUCCCAAUAAGCAUUGAUGAGAUGCCAACAGCAUAGCCCUCACUCUCUGUCUCAUCUCCCCUCUUUGCUCAUGAGCCCAUUUUAAUUUUCUUCUUUUGACUCCUGCUUCCAUUGGGAGUGGGAAUGGCAGUAAUAAAAGUCUGCACUCUGGGGCGUCCUUUUCCUCAGAGGAAGCCUGAGUGCUCACUUAAAACACUACCCCUCAUACUUCUUGUGUAAGGCCUGCAGAGGCCCUGAAUGCACAAAUGGGGAAGCCAAGGCACAGAGAGGCUCUCCUCUCCUCUCCUCUCCCUCUUCAUCCCCUCAAAAAAAAAAAAAAGAGAAAAAAAAAAGCAAAACAAAAAGGCUAAACAGUACUUCCAUUAAGCCUUGGCUGAGUGAGGGAAAGCCCAGCACUGCUGCCCUCCCGGGUAUUCCACUCCAAGGCCUCAGCCCACCUCUGGCAAUGGUAACCACACCAGGGCUUCAUCCGAGCCCUGCUCUUCCAGCACUUCCACCGGCAGAGUCCCAGAGCCACUUCAUCCUGGGGGUAGACUGUGACCCCCGGGUAGCUCUGCUCAGGACCUGCACUAUUUCAGGGAAGAAGAUCUAUGUAUUAUAUGUGGCUAUAUUUCCUAGAGCACCUGUGUUUUUCUCUUUCUAAGCCAGGGUCUUGUUUGGACGACUUAUGGGGACAGGGAGGGGUGUGAACCACAACUUUUAAUCUAUCUGAAGGCGAUUAAACUGUGUCUAAUGCAA